AUUAAAGUUACUUCCGUUUGUGAAAAGCUCAAAUGGAAAUUUUGGUGGGGAGAUAAUUAUGUUAUUGAGAUUACAAAAUAUGAACAUUGGAAUUGUGAUAGUAAUAAAUUUAAAUCCAUAUCUCCUGGGGUUGAAAUUGGUUUGGGCCGCGAACCUUCGGAAAGUACAUUCUUUGGUGUCACGUUUUACAAAGAUACUUGGGAAAGGGAUUUCGCAGAAAAUUGUGAUUUAUCAGCAGGGCGUGUGCCAGAAUGGCAUCCAAUUGACUUUGUUGAAGAAGAAAGAUCUGGAGGUGUUGAUCACUUAUUGAAUGAGAUUCGAAAUUUCUUAGACGUCUUGCAAAACAACGUUUCUAAGGCGCAACGAAAUUAA